AACAAUAAAAUAAAAAAAUAGGGAGAUCCUACGCAAUUAUACAAAAGUUGAGGGAAUAUUAUGAAAAUAAAUAAAAAAAAAGUUAAAGGAGAAUAAUAAUUAUUAAAGAUUUUCUCUUUUCUUUUAUAUUAUUACCUUUAUUAACAGUUAAAACACACCCCUAAUCAUUCAACCCCACUCACUUCUCUACUAACCCUUUUAUUUUAUUCUAUUUUAUUUAAUUAAAUAAAAAAAAAACAGAGAGAGAAGGAAGAAGAAGGAAGGGGUCCCUUUGGGUUGAGCUUCGUGGUACUACCAACCAAACCAACCGCCAUUUUCUUCAGCUUCAAGCUUCCUUUUCAAUUGGUAAGCAACUAUGUCCCAUUGUACUCAUUGCUAGAAAGAAAAAAGAAGAAAGAGAAAGAGAAAGAGAGAUAAAUAGGGAGAUAAUGGAUGAUGAUAUUGGUAGUAAGAGAAGAGUUGGAACUAGGAGUAGUGUUGGUGUGGUUUCAGGUUCUGUUUGGGAGAGUAGGAUGAAGCAUGAUGAGGUUAGAGGUGGGAUUAAGGUCUUCAUUGCUGGUGAGGAAGGUUUUGAAGAUCAGUCUAAUGGGAAUACUCCUUCAUCACCAUCAGUAUCAGUAUCAUCACCGUCUGGGAAUAAGUUGAGGAAAGGUGUUGGAAAUGGCAAUGUCGGUGGUGUUGGUGGUGGGAAGAGGAAGAUGUGGAAAUCGGAGAAUUUUGAUGGUUUUGAGAGGAGUCCGAUUCAGAAUAACAAAGGGAAGAGUGAUGAACAACAGGUUAAGGAGGUUAGUGGGGAUGGAGCAAUCAAGAGGAGUCCGAUUCAGGGGAGGAGGCUUAGAUCUGAGGGGAAUGUUGGUAAUAAGGAAUUGGUGAAGAGUCCAAUUGGGAUGAGGAAGACGAGGUCUGAAUCGUUGAGGGAAGCUAGGGAAUCCGGCGAGGGAAUUGAGAGGAAUUCGGUGCCUGCGGCUCCGUUGAGGAAGGCCAAAUCGGUUUCGGUUUCGGUUCCGGCGAGGGCCAGUGUUGGUGGUGGUGAGUCUGUGAAUGGAAUUGGAUUGGUGAAGGUGAAGAGUGAGACAAAUGAGGUGUUGGAUGAAUCAAUGGAUGGGUCUGUUGAGGAAAUUGAGAAAAGCCCAAUUGAGAAUGUGAAAUCUGGAUCUGAUGAAGGUUGUAAGGAGUUUGGUGUGUGCGAAGAAAAAGUCAUUUCUAGCAAUGUGCAAUUACUGAAAUCUGCUCCAAAAUGUGAUGAUGAACACGAGGAGGAGCAAGAUGAGGAGGAGCAUUAUGGUGAUGAAUUUGUUGAAGGAGAAGAGGAAAUUGAGGUUGAGAAGAAAAGUGUUGAGGAAAUUAAAAAACCAGAGUCAGUACCAGAAGAACCAGAGCCAGAAUCAAAGCCACCAGAACCAGAACCAGAACCAGAACCAAAGCCAAAACCCAACAAGAUUGUCUAUGGAGAAAAGUUUGUGAAUGAAGUAAAGAAGGUCCAUUUUGAAAGAAGAGAUGUUAAGAAGCUUCAUCAAGCUUAUCAAAAGCAACCAGAGCCCAUGUCUUUAAAUGUGAAAAAACAACUUCCUCCUGUAACAAAAAGGGCCACUGUUCAUUCAAGUUUCGCUAAAUCUUCUGCAUCUGCAGCUUCAGAUGAUUACCAUAGUUUUCCAGAAAACCAUAGCAGUUUACAGAGUUUUGUGGAUUUGAUAAUGUGGAAAGAGAUAUCAAGAUCAGUUUUCAUCUUUGGAAUUGGAACAUUCACUAUAAUCUCAUCUGCCUAUACUAGAGAUCUCAACAUCAGCUUUAUUUCUGUUCUUUCCUAUAUGGGCCUUGUUUAUCUUGCUGCCACUUUCCUCUUCAGAGCUAUUAUCUGCAGGGGAGUUAUAGACACAGAUUAUAAAAGAUAUGUACUGGGUGAAGAAGAAGCAAUUUGGUUACUAAAACUUGUGCUUCCUUACUUAAAUGAGUUCCUGCUAAAGCUCAAGGCUUUAUUUUCUGGUGAUCCUUCUACUACAAUGAAGCUGGCAGUAUUGCUCUUUGUUUUGGCCAGGUGUGGCAGCUCCAUAACCAUUUGGACAAUGGCGAAAUUGGGAUUUUUUGGGGUGUUCACCGUACCAAAAGUCUGUUCUCUGUAUUCUGCUCAGAUAAGUGCAUACGCUAAAUUUUGGGUUCGACGCUUUCGCGAUGCUUGGGAUUCUUGCUCUCACAAGAAAGCUGUGACCGUGGCGGCCUUUCUUCUUGUAUGGAAUCUAUCGUCUAUCGUCGCUCGCAUUUGGGCAGUGUUCAUGUUGUUUGUGGCCUUUCGAUACUAUCAGCAGACUAUGGUGAUAGAUGAUUGGGUAGAAGAAGAGAGUGCAGAAGAUGAAGAAACGUGGCACGAUCCCAUUGGAGGAAGGAGACAUUGGCAAGUCCCACCAGUGCCACCCACUUUAGUCGACCAUAAUAAACUAAAGAAAAGAUCAUAAAUAUAUAGAAACACAUACAUUGUAUGCCAAUUAUUUAUUUAUUAAUUCGUUUUCUUUUUUUCUUCUUCUUAAUUCUUAUUAUUGUCCUUUGUUUCUUCUAUUCUUUUAAAUCUUUUUUCAUUGUAAAUAUUGGAUAAAUAGUGACAUUUUCCUUGUCCUGCUAUAAUAAUUGAUGCUUACAUUAUUACAUACAAACAAUGUUCAGUAUCAUGAUAUAAUUACAUAUGAAUUAAUUUGCUAU